AUGGUAGAAGCCUCUGCCCCUUGGCACCACCUCUCCAGUCUCCUUCCUGCAAAAGGCCCGAGUCACCCCGGGGGCACCGAGAACCCCGAUCCUCAGCGCCCCCACGUUGGGCAGUACACACCCAAAACUCGAGCCAUAACGUCAAGCCUCGUUAACUUUGUGUGCCACACCUGCUUCAAGAGGCAGGAGAAACUCCACCGCUGCGGGCAGUGCAAGUUCGCCCAUUACUGCGACCGCACGUGUCAGAAGGAUGCUUGGCUGAACCACAAGAACGAGUGUUCCGCCAUCAAGAGAUACGGGAAAGUGCCCAAUGAGAACAUCAGGCUGGCAGCCCGUAUCAUGUGGCGGGUGGAGAGAGAGGGCACUGGGCUCACAGAGGGCUGCCUGGUGUCCGUGGAUGACUUGCAGAACCACGUGGAGCACUUUGGGGAAGAGGAGCAGAAGGAACUUCGGGUGGACGUGGACACAUUCUUGCAGUACUGGCCGCCACAGAGCCAGCAGUUCAGCAUGCAGUACAUCUCACACAUCUUUGGCGUGAUCAACUGCAACGGUUUCACUCUCAGUGACCAGCGAGGCCUGCAGGCAGUGGGCGUGGGCAUCUUCCCCAACCUGGGCCUGGUGAACCACGACUGCUGGCCCAACUGCACGGUCAUAUUCAACAACGGCAAUCAUGAGGCAGUGAAAUCCAUGUUUCACACGCAGAUGAGAAUUGAACUCCGGGCCCUGGGCAAGAUCUCAGAAGGUGAGGAGCUGACAGUGUCGUACAUCGACUUCCUCCACCUCAGCGAGGAGCGCCGGCAGCAGCUGAGGAAACAGUACUUCUUUGACUGCUCCUGUGAACACUGCCAGAAGGGACUGAAGGACGACCUCUUCCAGGCAGUGAAGGAAGACCCCAAGCCCUCCCCGGAAGUGGUGAAGGAGACGGUACAACUCUCAAAGGAUACACUGGAAAAAAUAGACAAGGCUCGCUCUGAGGGUUUGUAUCAUGAGGUGGUGAAGCUGUGCCGGGAGUGCCUGGAGAAGCAGGAACCAGUGUUUGCCGACACCAACCUCUAUGUGCUUCGGCUGCUAAGCAUUGUGUCAGAGGUCCUCUCCUAUCUCCAGGCCUUUGAGGAGGCCUCGCACUACGCCAGAAGGAUGGUGGACGGCUACAUGAAGCUCUACCACCAUAACAAUGCCCAACUGGGCAUGGCUGUGAUGCGGGCAGGGCUGACCAACUGGCAUGCCGGUCACAUUGAAGUGGGGCACGGGAUGAUCUGCAAAGCCUAUGCAAUCCUCCUGGUGACACACGGACCCUCCCACCCUAUCACCAAGGACUUAGAGGCCAUGAGGGUGCAGACAGAGAUGGAGCUGCGUAUGUUCCGCCAGAAUGAGUUCAUGUAUCACAAGAUGCGGGAGGCUGCCCUGAACAACCAGCCCAUGCAGGUCAUGGCCGAGCCCAGCAAUGAACCAGCCCCGGCUCUCUUCCAUAAGAAGCAAUGAGGACCUUGUUGGAGAGUGGGGGGCAGUGUGGUUGGGGAGCUGGGGAAAUCACUACCCUGGGACCCCACUGUCAUUUUGGUUCAGUUCAACUUGGUUUAGCUCUAUCUCACCCCAGACCAACUCUUUCUGUAUGUGUCAGGUGCUAGGUUCCACCAUCUAAUUAAUAAAAAAAAGCCCCAAAUAUAAGUGGGCUAGAAGGACAAAUGUAAACAAAAAAGGCACAGUGUAAUAGUAAAUGUAAUGGUGAACUCUAUGGAGAGGGGUCCAGAGGAGGUGAGU